AUGGGAGCAAUCCACAGUGGCUCACUGUGCCCAAUCUCCUUUCCCCUCCAGGUCGGUCCUUUCAGCUUGCUUGCUAUCGGGAUCCUCACCGUGCACUGCAUGGUCAUCCUGUUGAACUGUGCUCAUCACCUAAGUCAGAGACUGCAAAAGACUUUUGUGAACUAUGGAGAGGCCAUGAUGUACAGCCUCGAAACCUGCCCAAACGCCUGGCUGAGGACCCACUCAGUGUGGGGAAGGUACACUGUCAGCUUUUUAUUAAUCAUCACCCAAUUGGGCUUCUGCAGUGUUUAUUUUAUGUUUAUGGCAGACAAUUUACAACAGAUGGUGGAAGAAGCCUACGUGACCUCCAACACCUGCCAACCCAGGAAGAUCCUGGUGCUGACCCCGACCCUGGACAUUCGUUUCUACAUGCUGACAAUCCUGCCCUUCCUGACCCUGCUGGUGUUUAUCCAGAACCUCAGGGUUCUGUCCGUCUUCUCAACGCUGGCCAAUAUCACCACCCUGGGGAGCAUGGCUCUGAUCUUUGAGUAUAUCGUGCAGGAGAUUCCAGAUCCCAGGAACCUACCCUUGAUGGCAAGCUGGAAGACUUUCUUGCUGUUCUUCGGUACAGCCAUCUUCACGUUUGAAGGCGUCGGUAUGGUUCUGUCUCUCAAAAACCAGAUGAAGCAUCCACAGCAGUUUUCUUUUGUUCUGUACUUGGGGAUGUCCCUUGUCAUUGUCCUCUACAUCUGCCUGGGGACACUGGGCUACAUGAAGUUUGGGUCGAACACCCAGGCCAGCAUCACCCUCAACUUGCCCAAUUGCUGGUUGUACCAGUCGGUCAAGCUGAUGUACUCCAUCGGCAUCUUCUUCACUUAUGCCCUCCAGUUCCACGUGCCAGCUGAGAUCGUCAUCCCCGUCGUCAUCUCCCAGGUGUCAGAGAGCUGGGUGCUGUUUGCAGACCUGUCUGUCCGCACGGCCUUGGUCUGUCUGACCUGUGUCUCAGCCAUCCUCAUACCCCGCCUGGACCUGGUCAUCUCCCUGGUGGGCUCCGUGAGCAGCAGUGCCCUGGCCCUCAUCAUCCCACCCCUCCUGGAGCUCAUCACCUUUUACCCUGAAGACAUGAGCUGUGUCACCAUUGCAAAGGACAUCAUGAUCAGCAUCCUGGGCCUUUUGGGGUGUGUAUUUGGAACAUACCAAGCCCUCCAUGAGUUGAUCCAACCCAUCAACCAUUCCAUAGCCAACUCCACAGCUGUCUAUGCAUAA